CUGAUGAUGGUCGUUUUAUCCGUUUUUGUAUUUUAUCUCGUGGAAAUUGUGUCGGGACAAAUUGCAUAUAGCGUAUUUGAAGAGGUGAAGGUGGGCACCACAGUUGGCAAUCUAACCAAAGAUCUUAACCUAUCAUUAAAAGACUUGAGCGCUCGUGGAUUUCACGCAUUGUAUAGUUCUAAUAAGAAAUAUUUCAUAGUGAAACCAGACACGGGCUCACUGCAGGUAAACGAGAGGAUUGACAGAGAGGAGCUAUGCGCAUCCUCCUCCUCCUGCUCACUUAAUAUAGAAGCAUUGGUCAAUAACCCUCUACAACUGUACCAGGUUAGAAUAAAUAUUCUCGACGUUAACGAUAAUUUUCCAGUUUUCCCCUUUAGUUCAACGGAUCUAAAUAUUACUGAAAUCACGGCGAUCGGUGCGCGCUUCCCUAUCCAAAGUGCAUAUGACGCCGACAUUGGAGUUAACUCUGUGAAAACAUAUAAGCUCGGUAGUAAUAUAUAUUUCAGAUUAGAUGUUCAGACAAACAGCGACAAAUCUGUCUCAGCUGAACUGGUGCUUUUUAAAGCACUUGACAGAGAGACCACUGCUUAUGUUGAUCUUUUAAUCACUGCUGUUGAUGGUGGAUCGCCCGCCAGGACAGGCACUUUAAAUAUUGAAGUGAAUGUUUUAGACGCCAAUGAUAAUGCCCCUGUAUUUACCAAAUCAUUAUACAAAAUGUCAUUAACAGAACACACACCUGUUGGGACCACAAUAAACAAAAUACAAGCCAAAGAUUUAGAUGAAGGGGAAAAUGGGAAAAUUAUCUAUUCGUUCGUUAGUCACACGCCUCAGGAUAUUUUAGGGAAGUUUAAGAUUGACACCGAAAGUGGAGACUUAAUAGUAAAUGGGGAUAUAGAUUAUGAAGAAAAUAAAGCAUUUGAUAUUCGUGUUCAAGCCACUGAUAAGGGUUUUGUAACCAUGUCGGGACAAACAAAACUUCUAUUAGAGAUCUUAGACAUUAACGAUAACCCACCAAGCGUGUCUGUAACAUCACUUCUCAAUCCAGUUAUGGAAAACUCAGAAAGGGGCACAGUUGUUGCUUUAAUUGCAGUGUCAGAUAAGGACUCCGGUAAAAACGGCGCAGUUAUAUGUCGACUUGUAGCUCCCAGUCCAUUUAAAUUGAUCUCAUCCUUCCAGAGCUACUACUCGUUGGUUUUGGACGAUGGACUUGAUCGGGAAAAGAAUGUGGAGCAUAACAUAACAGUUAUAGCAGAAGAUGAAGGAAACCCGCCACUGUCUAGUACAAAAAUAAUAAACGUUCUAGUAGCAGAUAUCAAUGACAAUCCGCCCCUCUUUCCAGAUAAGACAGUAAAUGUUUACUUGCCGGAAAAUAGCAAACCUGGUUUAGUAAUGUAUGCACUGACGGCAAUCGAUCUGGAUAUCGGUGACAAUGCACUUAUAACCUACUCUUUAUUGCAAACCACAGUUAAUAGUAUGUCGAUCUCCUCUUUGUGUAAAAUAAAUACGUUAACAGGUGAGAUACAAAGCGUGCAACUGUUUGAUUAUGAGCAAACAAAAACAUUUCAGUUUAAAGUCAAAGCCACAGACUCUGGUGUCCCUCCACUGAGCAGUAAUGUGACUAUAAACGUUUUUAUUCUGGAUGAGAAUGACAACAGUCCCGGCAUUCUUGCACCCUAUUCUGAUCACGUUUCCAUUCACACAGAGAACAUUCCAUAUUCCGCUGAAGCUGGAUACUUUGUGGCCAAGAUCAGAGCUGUCGACGCUGAUUCUGGUUACAAUGCAUUGCUUUCUUAUCACAUCUCUGAACCCAAAGGAAACAACUUGUUUAGAAUCGGAACCAGCAACGGAGAGCUCAGGACUAAGAGAAGAAUGAGCGAUAAUGACCUGAAAACUCACCCGCUUGUUAUUUUGGUGUCUGAUAGUGGAGAGCCCUCUUUAUCAGCGACUGUAUCUGUUGAUGUUGUUGUCGAAGGAACAGAUGACAUUCAGUUCAGACAUGUGCCAAUUAAGCCGGAAAGUUUUUCGAAUUUAAAUUUGUAUCUGGUGAUCACAAUUAUUUCAGUUUCAGCAAUAUUUUUGCUCAGCCUUAUCAGUUUAAUAGCUUUAAAAUGUUACAAGACAUACGGUAAUUUCAGCAUAUUCGGCGCUCCAGUAAUUACCACACAUUCUGAUGGGAGCUGGUCUGAUCCCAAAUCUGCUCAGCAAUAUGACGUGUAUUUUAGCUCUGACACACUGAAGAGUGAUGUAGUUGUUUUUCCUGCACCAAUUACGUCUGCAGAAACGGAAUUGAUUAGUAUACAUGGACAAGACAGUUUUGACAAAAGACAAACCCUUCAUAAUACAGAGAAGGUAAGAAAACUAAAUUAA